AUUUAUGGUCAUGCGCGUUUUAAAUCCUAAUCACUUAUGAUUGAAUUCAUUACUUGCGUAGCCCAGAGGUUUUUUGUUUUCUAUAAGUUUUGUGUCCACGAUUUCGGUCACAAACCGAUCAACGGUGCACACUAUUCAAACUAUUUAUUCGUAGAAUAGGGUCUGAAUCUCGCUAUAGUUCUCCAUCUCAGUGUUCGAUGCUGAUAUUUUAACGCACUUCCGAUUCAUGUUUCUAUGCCACUUAAUUUAAGGUGUAUAAGAGCUAGAUGCAGUGCUUCCGUGGUAGAUAUUUACCGACAUGUGCACAUCAAAUUCCAAUAGCGCUUCUACCAGACAAACACAACAGGAUAGAUACACGCACAGAGAAGAAGAGUCCCGAGAAGGCAGUGCGGAUGCAAGUGGACCCACUGUUCCCGAUAUAGCGUGUUGUGUGCUACACGACCACCCGUACGCCGUGCCGGAUUUCCAACGGGGAAUAUUCACUCCACCGCCUUCAGAGCCUCUCUCUCCCAUAUCUCCGAGCGCCUUUGAUUUGAGAAUCGGAACUGAUGUCUCUAUUAGUGAACGGAUUGGCUCUAAAAAUGACCCUAAUUGUGUAGCAUUCGUGACUGAUGGCAACGGGGAAUUGUUCGACAUUGUGGAUUCGACAGUUAAUGUGAAUGCUACGCACUGCAACCGUGUGGUAACCGUGUCCUACGCGAGCAACAACAGCAUGAGUGUUACACAAGACGACGUAGAUCACACCGAAAUGGGGCUAAAAAAAUCCCAAUACGCAAAUGGGGAUAUCCACAAAUCGAUUGUAGACAUGUCAAGCUACAACGAAGAAUCCGAUAUGGCGCGACCAAGUAAAGACGGGAGUAUGGGAUUGGCAGACAUAGCUUCUAGUGUAGUUGAGAACACUAUUUCUUUGCAGAGCGUAUCUAAGGAGACUUUAGGUGUGGAGACUGAGGCUGUCACAUCUAUAAAGGGUGUGAGGGCGAUAGUGAACACGACUAGGAUGGCUACUGAAGAUCCCAAUACAGGUAGGGAAGAUGAAAAUGGUACAUGUGUCAGACGUAGUACUGAAAUGAACACAAAUGGACCAGUAGUGCAAAGCCGUGAAACUGCACUCUCUGUGGAUGCGCGCUCAGAACGACACACUGGUGCACAACCACAUUUGCCGUCAUUGACAUACACACCGCCUGCAGGACACUCAAACAAGCGAGCACAGCUAAUAGAUGAUACAAGCAAUACAAAUGUCAGUGCAGUUCCGGCCGAAAGCACGAAUGAUACAACUGAUAUACUACCCCGAUUGCCAGGUGGGACAAAGGGCGAGGUGGGCGAGGUGGCUGAUAAUGUAAGAAGUAGUACAGAACAACGAGUACCCAUUCUGACCUCCGCCUUGACUCUGAGUUCGGUUGCCGAGGCAGCGGCCCGUGCUCGUGCACGUCGCAAACGGGAGAGAGAGAAACAACCAUCAGUGACGGAUAAAUCCCAUGUGCGCAUAUCCACAAAGGUCAGUGUGGCUUGUCAAACAACUGAUAAUGCGGAAUACAUGUCCUGGACUUAUGCUAAACCGCAGCAAGGCCGAAGGAGAGAUAUGGUUGAGGUACCUGGCCCGGAUAUGGUGAACGCGGAGUAUGAGUACUUAUUACGCGUGCGGGAGAAUCUCUCCAAGUAUGUACAGAGUGAGCGGAGAAAUGUCGACUGUGAGAGCAGGGCCAGUGGGACAAGGAAGAGGAUUCGCAUAUGCCCGCCUCACGGUAUAAGUGAGCAGGAAGAUAUGCAAAGCGGAUAUGCACACAGCAACGAAUGUUCUUGUGCAGCAAACCCUGUACGUACUCAAGCCCACGAGAAUGACGCAUCUCACAGAGAAAUGCGAACGUGUAAUACACUGAAGGGAACAACGUAUGUACUGGGGCGAACUCGCUCGGCCAGUCCACCGUGCAUACAAACACGGGCGCCGAAUGAAGUCGCUGAUAUACUCACGGGGGUGGUACCUACUGCGGAUAACCGUGCAGUAUGCAUACCCACCCCUACACCGAAGUCGGAUGAUAGGGACAAUGACGGCAAGCGUAAAAGAACUAAGAGUGCUAAAGGACGCGUGGAUGCGGCGGACAAGAUGCUGAGAAAGCAUGAGAGUGCGAAAUUAAUAGAGAAGAAUCGACGCCACCGUCAGCACCUGGAGUUUGUGCAGUUGGAAAGAGCCAGUAUGGGUGAGUGUCACGCCUGUGUGUACCGAGCUAUCCCAGCCAAAGGAGCCAUAGCUACCGGAAAUCGUAGUAUCAAUAAGAGUGCACACGCUGCCAAACUUGUAAAGCCUGCCACGAAGGGGACCUCUGUAGUUCAAAAGUUUGGUGCUAGACAGACAAAGGAAUUGCGUAGUGUUUCAAUAGAAGAAUGUGGCAGUUCAGCUGCAAGUGCAAGUGCACAGGCGUCUAGCGUUCAUACCAAUGGUGCGGCCACCGAUGUCAGCACAAUACGAGUGGAUUAUACGCGAACAAGUCGGGCCAGAGAUCGAUGUGUGGUUAGGGGCCAUCAAGACCAUACUAUGCACGAAACGACUGGUAUUACCAAAGGCAUAGCUUGUUCGGAUAUGAGUACUGUAGCUUAUACGGAUGACGACGAUUUCGCGCCCGAAAGUCACGGAGAUAGUGCAUUGCAUGAGAUCGGGUGCGGCUUCAGCGAGGGUUCACAUACCACAGGAGCGGACAACUCGAAUGAGGCCACACACGCGGCACGCCAGACUAAUUCUGAGCGUGCAAACACGUUAAAACGAGUUGCAGCAGCGAAUAUGAACAUCACAAAUAGGAAUGGAACUAAGGACGAACAUACGUUUAGUUUGAAUGAACCUGAGGACAUACACACCACAGAAAUGAAUGUACCUGUGGACGUGCGCACCGCCAGUGUGAAUGACUCUGUAAACGCACGUACGAUAAGAUUAAGGGAGCUAGCAGGAGGAGAUUGCCAAACUAAAUGGUGUUCUCGCAAUGAGACUUCACCUACAUACCCCAGCGAAGCCUUAGCUGAACUACGCGCGAAUCUACUCCAAGCCACUCUGGAUCUGUCUAUAAAUAGAAUUACACAGCUGAGAGAUCGAUCCGGAGAGCUGAGACAGAAGAAAAUAAAUGCUGAGUCGACAUUGCGGCAGAGUAAGACGCGACUGGAGUCGCUACAGCGUAAGAAGUAGGCUGAUCGGAGCACUCAUCAAAGUAUUGCUGAUCUGGUUACUUAUGAACCAAAACCUACAAUGGCGCCUUAUUCGUGAACACGUUCGUCAUUCGGACUAAGGAAGGCGAGACUUGUGUACGCUCCCACACUAGCAGGAGCUGAAUUAAACAUCUAUACGGUUAGUAUAUGGCCGUCAGAUAAUGAAAACAAAAUGAAGGGAGCGCGCACAUAUUCUUCAAGAAUUGAAAUAUGGGACUUCGUCUUUCUUGCCGUACUGCUUGCGUGUGGUACUAUUAUGUGUAAGCGAUGUUAUACUAGAAGGCUAGAACUAUCCGGAGAAAUAUGUUAUCGGUGAGCGUAUAACUAUACAUGACAAGGUAUUUUCUCUGUUGAGUUCAGAAUACAAAUACUCCCAUAGGAAUGUAUAAAUGUAUCUCGGCUUCAACAGUGGAAAAUAUGUGCAUAAUUUCAGACGUAACAAGUGCAAUUCUUCGG